GCUUGGUGGGCUGAUACCUGGAGCCGGCCCUGCUUUCUUAACAUGUGCUCCACUACAGAGAAGGACCACAGCAGUUUUGUUUAGGGCCUUCCAUGGAGAAUGAGGUGUGAACUUUUACCAUGUCUGUCACUGCUCUAUAACUCAACUUUGCUAUUUAAAUUCUUUGUUUUUUGCCUGUUCGUCUUCUGUGAAUUGGUGUAAACAGCACUUCCUGUAAGUUCAAGUAGUGUGUGUGAAGCAGGGCCAUGUAAGGAAAGCAAUGCUAAAUACAAAUAAAGGGCCAGUUCCACUCAGUUAAACUCCUGCAACUACACUGAGGUCAAUGGAGAUGCACAAAUAUCAUGGAGAACUAGGGUGACCAGACAGCAAGUGUGAAAAAUCGGGACGGGGGUGGGGGGUAAUAGGAGCCUAUAUAAGAAAAAGACCCAAAAAUCGGGAUUGUCCCUAUAAAAUCAGGACAUCUCGUCACCCUUCAGAGAACUGAAGCUUGCCCAAUAUAUUUUGCAAAGCCACAUGUGACUUUUGUCUCUUACUAGGAACAUGCUUCAAGGAUGUCAGCAGAAGAAUCUCUGGUUUUGGCUUAAACUUCUUCCAGCAACUAUUAUUCUGCUGUUUAUAACUGACUGGUGUGAGAACAACUGCAAAAAAUUCCCACUGAACUUAAUUUUACCAUUGAUGAUUACCAUUAUCGAAGGCCUGUUUCUUGCAGUGGUUUCGUCCUACUUUGCUGCCAUGACGGUAAUGCAGGCUGGAGGAAUAACAGCAUUUGUGACUUUGAUGCUGUCUUGGGUUGCUCUAAAGUCAAAAUUGAAUGUCACUCGUGAAGCUGUGCCCUCCUGGAUUGUGGUCUCAGGAAAUUUGUUAAUCUCUAAAAUGCCAAAACUCCUGCGCUUUUUGCGGAUACAGAUUAACAUAGCUCCUAAUUUAAUACCUGUCUCAAUGCUGGUCAUCGUUGGAAUUUUCUGUAUCCUUGACAAAUCACCUACACUACAACUAAGUUAUGCUUUGGCUGGAACGCUGACCUUUGCAAUUCAUUUGAUGAUGACACAAGUUAGGAUCAGACGAGAACCCACAAAGGAUCAAGAACCCAUUGAUUAUGCCCUUGCAGCACUGAAUCUCUACAUAGACAUUGUAACCCUUUUCUUCUUCAUUCUGCAGUUUAUGGGGUCAACUGUUUGGAUUGCUGCCCCCCCUCAAGGGCAAGGGCAGCAAUGAGUUGUUAUUUUGGAGUGGGGGGUUGGUAAUCCUCCCAUCUAGUGAGAGAAGUACACUACGUGGUUAUACUGAACUGUUUUUAUCCAUAUAGCGCCCCUGCUUCUUGGUCCCUGUGGAAAGGGGCUAGGUUAAUGUUGUGGGAACACCCCCCUUCCCUCCUGUGGGAGUGUGAAACACACUAGUACUGUGGUUUUCAAACUUUUUUUUUUGCACUUGAAAUUUGCUGAGGGUCUCGGCGGACCACUUAAUGAUCUU